ACGGAGGCGGCCGACCAGCUCGCCGCCCACUGCGUCUCUCUGCUUCGGCCUAUCCUCCUGCAAGGCCAGCUGUUGAAGGAAGACGACCAAGGCUACGACAAGAAGGGAGACGCAAAUACGGCGGCGCCAGGGGCUGGGAAGAAGGACACACCCACCUCUUCAUUCUCACUCAUCGCCGCCUCCCUCGACGAUGAGGGCGUCUACGAGGCUGAGACGGAGCUGAUCCGCGAUGCCUGUAUCAGCGCCGCCUUUUCGGGAGUCUACCCACACGCGCGAAGGGUGCUCCUUGAGCUGCCGAUCCCGAGCGUCCACGGGCCACCGCCACCAGCACCCGGCGCGAGUCUCGCUGCCUUCUCUCGCGCCUGGUCUCGAAACUUUGCUCUCAUAAUCCUCUGGUACUACCGCAUGCUGACCACCCUGGGAUCGAUGCACCGGGGCAAUAGCGCUUUUGCGUCCCUAGACUACCGGCAGGCCUGGUUCUCGCGGCACCGGGCGCAGCAGCGCGAGAUCAAGGCCUUUCUUGAGACAUGGAAGGAGGCAGCCAGGCACAGGUUCCACACAGCGCCGCCGGGCUCGAAGGACAAAGACACUUACAAGGGGCUUGCUGUCACAGUCGAUGUGAGCUACUUGAGUGUAUGCACCGUUUUCGACCUACCCGAUGGCAAGCCCUGGGACGGCCUUGGAGCCGCCACGGCCAAGCUGCUUGACACAUGCGAGGAUGUCGUCGUGAGCAGGGAGCAGGCCGCGUCGACAUCAGGAGCAGACGAGUCGGCCCUGGCCCAGGGAGACGCGCUGGGAGACCAGGACGUCCUGCACGGCGGCGUCAUGAUCGCCGUCGCGCAGAUCGCCCAGGGGAGCAGGUUCCCAGAGGUGCGGCGGCGGGCCAUGCGGCUAUGGGAACGCAUGGCGACAACCACGGGCCCCGGCCAGAAGCAGAAGCGGCAGCCGGCGUGGGACAUGCAGGCCAUGAUUCUGGGCAUCAAGGCCGUGCUCGAGGCCGAGGAGGCUCAGCGAGACCCCGUCAUGGACAUGGUCCCGUUCAAGGCGCAGUUCUACCCUUCGGGCGGGAAGUGGAGCGACGACUAUACAGAGUUUAGGGUCACCAUAACCGCCAAAAUGCCCAACCCGGACGGGAAGAUGGUCCACAAGGUAGUCAGGAUGGCUGCGCUCGGCUGAUGUCUGUAGGAGGGGCUGAAUGACCUCAUGCGGAGUGAAUUAAGGAGGAUGCGUGCAGGAUUUAAAUAUCGCUCCACCACGCGGCUGGGAUUUAGAUCUGGAAUCUGAAUGUCGCGGUAGCAUCACGUUAUGCGAUGAAUUCAGAACUUCUAGACGAUGUACUACGUUCCAAGCAUAGACAGGAAGACAUUUGUACAUUAUUCUACUUAAUUCGGCCAGACCUCUGGAGGAGAUGCGCUUCGUCUUCACGUACUAAUCCGCAGUAAUUCAUGC